CGCCAUUAUGUUGUGCUAUACGCAUUAUACGUAUACAACAAUAGAUUCUAUGGAAUUUUCUCUAAAUCUGUAGAAUUACUGCUGAAAGCCAGUGCCAAUGUUAAUUCAAGAGAUCCAUCAGGUGAAACUCAUCCACUUUACUUCGCCUGCAAAUGUAAGAUGGAUGGUAUUCCCGUGGACGGUUCAGAUUACUCUGACAACACCCUGGAAGAUAUAAUGCGCGCGGCACAGCAAAAACGAGGCUGCGUCCGACGAGACGGAAACUGCGACCACAGACCCAACGACUGCUGCUACAGCUCCUCCUGCAGGUGCAAUCUCUGGGGGUCAAAUUGCCGCUGCCAGCGCGUAGGUCUCUUCCAGAAAUGGGGAUAA